UGGCAAGCCCAAUAGCUCCUUCCUGGAACCAUCUACCACCGCCUAUACACGUGUCUUCUUUCGAUAAGCUUUCAACUGUCGCCUUUGUGAAUGACAUUCGAUAUCCCAUGCCUACCAUCAGGCAUCAGAACCAAGUUGCUUGGCGCUCUGCACUCUUUUGGGUCGUGCAUCUUGUAGCGACCAUGUCAUCCAAACUCGGGGUCCACUAAUAUCAUUGAUUAGCAGGUCAGAUGCGUAGGUUUUUGGGGGUGGCCCUGCUUUUGCCCUGGCAUAAGGAAAACCUCAGCCAGGAGCUAUCCAUUGGGUGGGAGGUUCUUUGAAGGGGGAAAUGACUUGUUCAACGCCAGCUUCCCCCUUUCUUCACCGUACCAAGUCACUGUGGCAUUGUGUGAAGUGUCUCUGGGCUCUGAGUGGGUGGGGGUUGCUCGCUACAACAAGCCAGGGCCAGCACCUAGCAGCAAUUAAUAAAACGACCACCAAAAUUCUGCCCAGCAACAAAUGCCAUUUCACCACAGCAGCGCACUUUGCACUUUACGCGACUCCCAUCGGAUUUGCACAGCAAAGCGUCAGCGCACCCGACGGAGGAAGGCGGAUCCUGGAAGCUUAGAACCACCUUCGCCUCCACUCUCCCACCCCCAUUCAACUCAACUUCGCUUCUUGUUCCAUUUUCUUCGAUGAGAUUAUUCCGACUUUAAUGAGCUUGCCAUUUGCCAUUUUCUGCCGCCCUGCCACCCUGCCGCCACACCUCCUUCGCCUCCACCAGCAAGAGCAAGCGUGUUUAAUGGCCAAGGGGAACAACAACAUGCCGUCCAUCGCCCAAGAAACCACCAACACCUCGUCCCCCUCCUCUGUCCCGUGCAAGAAGCGGAGACGAGACGACGAUCGCGAUAACAGCACCCAGCAAUUCACAUUCUCCCACCACCACCACAACAUCUACCCAGACAACUACCACCACUACCACCAUGGCAGCAGCAGCAGCAGCAGCAGCAACCUAUCCCCCCUGGCAACCACCACCAGGAAAAUGAUCCCCCUUUCUUCCAAACGCCAACGAAUGACCUCAGUCGACAUUGAACUUGACCCAAAAAGACAACACGAUAUCACCAGCAAAUUCCACCAAAAAGAAGAGGAAACACUCCCAGCAAAACCCCGACCAAACCUAGCCAGCAAAACCUCCCUCCUAACCCCCUGCCACAUCUGCUCCCGCAAACCAACCAAGAAAUCCGACCUGGACAGCUUCGCCGAUUGUCAAGGAUGUGGUCAGCGGACGUGCUACGUGUGCAUAAGGGAGUGUCUUGGUUGGAGUCCACCGUCCCAGCAACCACCACCACCACUAUCAUUACAGACAGAGCCGUCGUUUACAAUGAUUGAUGUUGAUUCUACUGAGGAGCAACAACCACCACCACCAGUAGAAAGUGGAGGCUGGACAACAAAAGGGGGUGGGGCUGGGCACAGGAAGAUGGUCUGCAGCAGGUGUUGCGUUGAAAGGGGCCAGGAUGGGGAUGUGGUUUGUUUGGGGUGUUUACCAUUUGUGGAGGGUUGAAAGGGGGAAAAUAUGGUAUCGGAGGAAAUAUAAAAGGCAAGAAUCUUGGGCGUUUCUGGCAGGGGGAUAUUAUUCUGGUUUUUGGUUCGGUACCUAAUGAGGGAUGGGGCUAGGAAGGAGGCGAGUGCUGGAUUAUCACCACCGACGAGGAGGAUCAACCUCCCAGAACGACGAAAAACCACCUUCCAACAACAAGGAUGUGGAUGUGGUAGAAAAGCGUGUAUCUGGACAAAUGUUCUCUUUGUGAUGUUCACUGGGUGACAUUGGAGGACACGGCAAGAAACGACACUACCCCCUCCGGCGACAAACAUCCCAAUAUCAGGCUUAUAGAAGCACGCAAAGUUGGUCCCAGCCCAGGAGGACAAACAGGCCCUGUCCGGGGAGGAGGGCAUAUUGUUGAGGAAAUUGUACAUAAUAAUGGCUGGAAAAUAGCCACACAACAAGGGGAAACGAGCGGUCCAUGUGUAGGAGGAAGCUUGAUUGGGAAUGGAGACUUGUUUGGGCAGCAAAGGAACCUGCCCCCAAAGCGGACCAGCAGCAGCAGCAUGUGAGGGUAGAUUAUGAUACAUAGUUCUUUUCACUUGUUAUGAUUUUGUACAUAGUCAAGAGGUGGGAAACGCAUGAUGAGCAUAGCAACGGGAGGGAAGCAUUGCGUGUGGGUUUAGCGUUUUCACGACAUCAGCGUAGAGGUAUAAAUGGCAGGCAACAAAUUGGAGCUAACAUAUACCCACAAACAUUUGAAUACACCACUAG